AUGCUCGGGUCUCGCAUUUUACUUGCCUCGCUUGCAUUCGUGCUUGCUCGAGGAUCAGCCAUACCAGAAGCCAAGUUGCUACAGGUCGACAGGAGACAAGAUCCCCCAACAGUAGGCCGAGGAGUUGUGCAGAAUUGUAAUACAGCAACAAAUCGACAAUGUUGGAUGAAUGGUGCACUUCCACCUUUUAACGCCAAUACAGACUCGGAAACGCAAUGGCCUGUCACUGGGGUUGAAAAGUUCUACGACCUGCACAUUUCCAAAAAGACUCUAUCGCCUGAUGGUAACGCCAAAGAAAUGCUUGUCAUCAAUGGACAGUAUCCUGGCACUUUGAUUCAAGCUCAAUGGGGUGACCGGUUGACAAUCACAGUCUACAAUGACAUGACUGAUAAUGGUACGAGUAUGCAUUGGCACGGAAUCAUUCAAGCCAACAGCACUACGCAAGAUGGUGUUAAUGGCAUUACCGAGUGUCCAAUUGCCCCAGGAAAAAGCCGGAGAUACAGUUUCAUUGCCACUCAGCAUGGUACCACCUGGUAUCACUCACAUUACUCUGGUCAAUACGGUGAUGGAAUCGUCGGAACCAUGAUAAUUUAUGGCCCAGCAACAGCGAACUACGACGAAGAUCUCGGAACCUUCCCCAUCACUGACUGGUAUAAGAGGAAUGUAUAUCAGCUUGGCAUUGCGUCGGAAGCUGGUGCGCCUCCAACCGCGGACACUUCUCUGAUCAACGGGACAAUGAAAGUCGGAACUGUCGGGAGUUACAGCAAAACGAAUAUGGUCAAGGGUAAAAAGUAUCGUCUAAGAUUGAUCAACACCUCCGUGGACAACAUGUACCAAGUCUCUCUGGAUGGUCAUGAUUUUGAAGUUGUCGCUGCAGACUUCGUCCCAAUCAAACCGUACAACACGACCUGGCUCUUCAUAGGUAUCGGCCAACGGUACGACGUUAUCAUCAGAGCCAACCAGCCAACAACAAAAUACUGGUUUCGUGCCCAAGUUCCAUCCGGCCUUUGCGGAUCCAACACCCUAUCUGCCGCGGGAAAUAUCAAAGCCAUCUUCAGUUACAUCGCCAACAACAACACCAAUCCCGCAACGGAACCCACAACUUUACCGCGCGUCGCUGCACCAACUACUUGUGCCGACGAGACUGGACUUGUCCCUCAACUCUCCAAACCAGUUCCGGGCAACCAAUUCGUCUUCCACAACAACAACGGGGAGAACAAAUUAACACUAGCUCUCAGCAGCAGACCUAGCGGAAACCGACCGGGAACCGUAAACAGCUGGCGAAUCAAUGGGUCCGAAUUAGACGUCGAAUGGAGCCACCCAACCGUGAAAUACGUCUUCGACAACCAAAUCUCGCUCCUCGCCGCCACGCCCAACAACACCAUCGGCAAAAACGUCAUCAACCUGGGCGAGGGCAACAAAUGGCACUUCUUCGCCAUUCAGAACCUCUUUGGUCUGCCUCACCCGAUCCAUCUCCACGGCCACGACUUCUACAUCCUCGGCCAGUUCGGGUCGCAGUUCACCGAGGCAAUGGUGCCGCAGCUCAAUUUCGUGAAUCCGAUGCGCAGGGACGUGGCGAUGUUGCCGGCGAGCGGGAGUUUGAUACUCGCGUUUGAUAGUAAUAAUCCGGGGGUUUGGUUGAUGCAUUGUCAUAUUGCCUGGCACGUAGCCCAAGGUCUCGGAUUACAGUUCAUCGAGCGCCCGAGCUUGAUCUCGCGGCCGGCAUUGCAGGCCGUCGAUAACGAGUGUAAGGUCUGGGAUGCGUGGUAUAAUACCACGCCGUUUAAGAAGUUUGAUUCCGGGCUCAGGAAGGAAAAGAGGGAUGCGCUUAUGGGGAUGGUGCUUGAGGGGUGA